UCUAGUUGGGGUCAAUUCUAAUUCCAUUUAAAAUUCCACCUGGUAUAAAACAAAUAAGUCAUUUUUACAUGGAUUUGUAUAUUGCCAGAAUAGCUAACAAGUGACAUGAUCCGCCUGAAUGGCUGAAGGAAUUGGAAUUUGUGGAAUUGUUUGGGAAUUUAAUUUGGAAUUUAAUUAUUGGAAUGCACCCAACAUUGUAAUUGGGAGGAAUUUAAUCAUCACUGAAUUCAGAGACUGACCAGGAAUUUGAAUUGAAUUAAAUGGAAUUUACAAUGAGGGGGAAUUGAACUAGAAUUGCAUUUGUGGAAUUAACCCCAAACCUGGUUGUGUUAUUUACUUCUCUGCCCUUUUCUGACUAUCAUGUGCAACCUUUCAACAAACCUUUAUUACAUUCAGGUUGGCUAGGAGUUUAAGUUAUCUGUCGAUAGGCCUGUCUCAGCCCAGAACAUGGCUUAAAGAGAACUAGUUUGGAAAUGACCAUCUCCAUGCUUACCCAUUCAUUUGCACCCAAAAAUGUGAUGGAGGGAAGGACAACAGAGAGAGAGGGGAAGUGAUGGUCAGAGUUUCCCCAUGCCUCUCCCACCAUAGGAAUCCCUAUACAGACGGAACAGUAUAUUAAAUAUGACUUAGCUAAUAUAUCCUGGAGGCACAUUAACAUAGACUAGCCCUGAGGCUAUACACUCUUUGUCUCUCAACCGGAGAGCAACCCUCGGGCUUGGAACAGAAGUCUGUGUGUGUGUGUGUGUGUGUGGGCAACGCGCAGUGUGUACUUUUGAACACAUGGGCUGUGAUAACGGACUACAGUGUUCCAGUCUCUCCUACACACUUAUCUCACCUACAGUACAUGUUUGUGGUUAGACGACACCUCUGCUCUUUCUCUCACUCUCUGUCUUACUUUCUUUCUCUCUCUCUCUCUCUCUCUCUCUCUCUCUCUCUCUCUUUCUCUCUCUUUCUCUCUCUCUCUUUCUCUCUUCCUCUUUGUCUUUUGCACAGAUCUAUGCAUACGUGCUCGGCCACUUAUAUUUCAACUGUCUACAUUGUAUUAUUAUUACUUAUGGUCCUUCUGUAGCUCAGUUGGUAGAGCAUGGCGCUUGUAACGCCAGGGUAGUGGGUUCAAUCCCCGGGACCACCCAUACGUAGAAUGUAUGCACACAUGACUUUGGAUAAAAGCGUCUGCUAAAUGGCAUAUUAUUAUUAUAUUACUUAUAAUUAUUAUUAUUAUUGAUGGUGAUUGCCUUAUUUGCAUGAACCGUACGAAUAGGACACGCAAUCAAUCUCUGUCCUCAGCUACUUUAAAUGCUUCUUACUGUACAGUGGUUGUGUUGCGACUUAUUUCAUGCAAACACUGAUGGAAUGACUGAGUAGACCACCAACACUACCCCUACUUCCUUUCUUGUAAGCCCCUGUCUUUUCUUCACCUCUCUCACUCUCUUCCUGUCCCUCCCUCAGCCCCCAUCACCGUUCUGUUCUUACCAUGUCACACCGAGGCCCUGUGUUAAGAACACUUCAUAACACAUAAACCAGUGGAAAGAGCGCGUGUGUGUGUGUAAAUGAUCAGAGAAUAGUAGCUCCACUCAUCAGAUAAAACCCUGACUCAGAUCCCACAGCAACAGAAAAGGCAUCUCUAAUAAUAUCCAAUGAUUCAUCUGGGCAGUGAUAACAAUUACUUUCAGAUAUGACCCCUGCAAACAAUAAUGAGUUCGUUAGGACGACCCCGUGAUGUCACGUAAUAGUCGGCCUGAAGUCGUCAGGACGUUGUGUCCUGGUCCCUUGGUGGUUUUGUCUAGUUCUCGGUUGGUCCCGGGAAUGUCCCCGAGGACGUUUUUAGGACGUUCUUGGGACGUUGUGUCAUGGUCCCCUGGAGGGCGCCUGAACGUUCUUGGGAUGUUGUGUCGUGGUUCCCUGGAGGUUUUUGUGUAGUCCCCGGUUCGUCCCAGGGACGUCACCUAAUGGUCGCAAAGAGGCGUUCUACCAACAAACAAACAAACAUUUUACCCAGGGCACAUUUACCCUAGUUUCAUGACACAUCGUCCUUGUUUGCUGUUGCCAAGCCCAUUAAGCCCCUGAUUGGUGAACCACUGAUGAAUGUGUAGGGGACUUCUGAAAUUUGACAGAUUUUGGUGGCCCAGCAGGAAGUUCAGCACACCCCAAGUCCAGAGGUUGUAAAUUCAAACGCAUGUGGGGUCAUAUUGAAAAGUCAGUGUGAAGUGAUCAUGCCAAAUGCUAUCAUAUAGUCACUGAUUGAAGAUUUUACACUAUUUUAGCUGAACAUUAUAACAGUUACCUUAUAACCCCCAUACCAUUUAAUUACUUUACUUGUAAUCGUUUGGGGCACCUGGGACCAUCACGUGUCAAACACCUCCAGGGGGCCAUGACACAAUGUCCCAAGAACGUUAAGGGGACUUUCAGGAGUCUAAAGAACACGUGGCCACAGAAAUAUCAUAACCAGUGGAAACGGUGUGUGUGAAUGCGUGUGUGUGUUAUUUAGAGAGGUCUAAACAAUCUGUGGUCGGAGAGAUGAGUAGCUCCACUCAUCAGGUUCAACUUUACCUCUUUACCUGCAGCAACAGAAAACACAUCUCGACUACGCAGGAUUCAUCUGACUAGGGGUUUUCCUGGUCAGUUUACCUUCAAAGUGAUGGUCACCAUGGUGCAUAACAUCAUUAUAGGAGUUGGACAAUCACCACAGUAUUUGUAGCAGAAUAUUUGGAGGAAAUAUCCUUGCCACCCGACAGAUCAGUCUUGGAUUGUUCAAACUGGACCUAAACAGUAUUUACAUGACAAACACUAACAUGCUUAUUUACUUUUUAGAAUUUUUUUUUUUUGUAUUUUUUUUUUGUCAUGCAUUUAUUACCUAGUAAACUGUUUCUAAAUCAGUUUAAGAUAUAUACAUUGAUUCUACAGGUGUUUUUACUGCUGCAAAAGCUUUGAUAUAAAAAUAAAAGGUCAUUGGCAACUUCUCAUUUUACCCUUGUGGUAACUGACUCUCACACGGUGACAGGUUGAAGUCUCCAUUUGAACAGUGUCUGCCACACUACUGCCACUACUGUGUGAAUAGUACAGUAUGCACAGUCAGUCAGGGUUAGCGUAGGAAUUGUUUGGCGUCCCACUCAAGCCACAUCUUCCAUUUGGAUGUGACGCCUCUGAAAAUGUUCUGCCUUGCAUCGCAAACCUAUCUUGUGGUUAGCCUCAAAUGCUACAUGGGCCUCUUAUUAAACUGUCUCACUAACACUAAUACUGAGAGACCAGUCGGGCAUGUUAUCAUGCCAUUUCUUAACCAAAACACAGCGCUUCCCUCUGUGUCCACAUAGACAUGCAUUAAACCAGCCUCUCAGUACUACAGUCAUAGAACUAGAAAUCUAUGGCUAGAGUAGUGUCACUCACCACCGCUAUGGAAACCCGCUAAGUCACCAGUGAUGAGAAAGUGAUAGCAGGGGAGACAGUCCUCAUGGUUAGGGGGUUCUGUGGGAGGAAACCCGUCUGUGAUGCUCUCUGAGUGUAGGAAAAGUAUUUGCAUACGGGUGUGUUGAGUAUGAGUAUGAGGUUGGUGGGCUUAAAAAGAGCUACAGUUCUGGUGAGCGUGACACAUCUGACUGCAGACCCAGUGAUACAGGCAGAAUGAAGGCCCUCCUCGCUCUCCUGCUUCUCUUCACCACCGCUCUACUGAUGUCCACCACUUCUGCUCAAGCCGGUGGAUCAGUAAUCUCCUGCUGUUUGGAGAUUAAAGGCACUAGAGUGCGCCGCAACCGGAUCGAUUCCUACUACCUACAGGACACAGCCAUGUGUAACAUAAAGGCAGUGAUGUUUGUCACAGUGAAAGGCCUACGAAUCUGCUCUGACACUUCCAACCCCUGGGCACAGAAAACCAUGCAGUACCUGAACGAGAAGAACAAGUCUCACACACUGCAAAAACAUCACAUCACCUCAACUACUACUUCUACUACAACCACCACUAUCGCACAACCAGCCAACAACCCUCACAAAACAACAUUUUCAGCUCGCCACCCCAAAAUUGCUUCUCAAUGGUCAACAACUCACCACAAGACGUAGAAGGACAGAAUUUUCCAGUUCCUAGUACAGCCGACUAUUAACUUUGAAUGUUUGAAUAUUUUCAAUAUGCAGCUAUUAUAACGUUUAUGUCACUUUAAUGAAUAUCUUUAUAUAUUUAUGAAUGAUUCAAUCGAAUUUACUUCCACAGUGAAUUUGAUGAUUGUGAUUGUGUGUUAACUUGCUGGCUAUUUGCCAGUAUGCCUAAACAAUGUAUAAUGUUUCUUAAUAAAAUACUAGUUUUAA